ACAAAAAUAGUCGGAUUUCAGUUUAUGGCAAGUACGAUAGUAAUUUGUUGCAAUUUGUAUCAACUGACCAAAUCGACUUUGAGCGCAAACCAUGUACAAUUAAUUAUGUAUACAAGUUGCAUGCUGAUCCAAAUAUUUAUAUAUUGCUGGUUUGGAAAUAAAGUCAAAUUAAAGGGCCUUGAAUUAACAGACAGUAUUUUUCAAAUGGAGUGGACAAAUCUAGACAAUAGCAUUAAGAAAGGCCUCUUGCUAGUUAUGAAACGUUCGAUGAUACCCAUUGAAAUUUCUACUGUGUAUGUUCUAACCAUAAAUUUGGAUUCUUUUGUGGCGUUGCUUAAGACAUCAUAUUCUGUUUAUAAUUUACUAGUGCGAGUGUAAUAAUAAAAAUUGUUAUAUUUUUAUAUGCGAUAAUGCAUU